ACCAGAGCUGAGGCUGUAUGCUAUAUAACGCCUCACUUGACUCUCCGAGACACACUCCUCCACGAGCCUCACAUUUGGUCGAACACACCUUGCAGACAUGAAAUUGUUAGUGGUAGCAUCUCUGAUGGCCGCCGUCGCGUCGGGCGCGCGCCUGGAGCACCUGCAGCGCGCCUACCUGCCGCCCCACGCCGCGCAGGCACCCUUCGGGGACAACCCCCUCGGCGCCAACCUCGGCUCCAACCUCGGCUCCAACGGAUUUGGGAAAGGCCCUAGCGGCAACGGCUUGACCAACGGCAAUGGUUUUGGAUCGAACGGAAAUGGCCACAGCACCAAUGGUUUUGGGUCAAACGGAAAUGGUCACAGAACAAACGGUUUCGGCUCAAACGGGAAUGGUCAUAGCUUAAACGGGAACGGUCACAACACAAACGGGAACGGUCAUAGCACAAACGGUUUUGGUUCUUCUCAAGGCACCAAUGGCUUUUCUAAUGGAGAUAGAAAUGGUUUUUCCGGAGCCACUUCGAACCAAUACCUCCCUCCUGAUCAAGGGUCUUCUGCAUCCCAAGCGGGUUUUGGUAUUGGAGGAUCUUCUAUCAGACCGGCAUGCUCGUCCUGCGGUCCCUCUCGGUACUCUCAGUACAAGCAGGGCACGUCUAUCCCGGGCACCAGCUAUGGAGUGCCGCAGUUCGCUGCUGGAGCAGGCGCAGGAUCGUCGGGAUCUGGUCCUGCUUUCGGCACUUCUGAACCAUCUGACUCUGACGCCGGUACAUUCGGUUCCUCUACUGGUAACUUCGGAUCUAAUUCCUUUGGAUCACAAACGUCUUUUAGCUCUCAGGGCGCUAACAGACAAUACUUGGCCCCAAACCCCUCCUCUCAGAAUCCUCCUCAACAGCCUUUCGAUGAAAAGUUUGGCUACAUCUAUUAAAAUUUAUUAUUCUGCUUUUUUUUCUAAAUGUGUUCUUUUUAUGUUUUAAUAAAAUAAAUAUUUUUCAUUUAUUUCUUUUACAA